UCCUAUAGGCUGGACACUCGUGGGACACCGCAUGUGAAAGAGAAAAAAAAAAAGUGGAUGGAAAUGUGUCACUUAUGGCACACGAGCUGAGUGUGGAGAUGCUUUCAGUGCUCUGCGUGUCGAUGGGGAUUUUACCAGUCUGUGGAGUGCCAAAUGGGACCUCACCUGUUGGAUACUAGAAUCCAUUCCACUCUGCACCCGUUUCACGGACAAUGAAGACGACACGCAAAUGCAGGACCCUGCUGUCGCUCAGCCUGAACUUUUUCGCUCUGUUUUUCUCCAUCACCGCGUUCAUCACCACUUACUGGUGCGUCGGGACGCAGAGGGUGCCCAAACCAAAGUGCAGCAAACUGAGGACGCACCAGUGCAUAGACUACGGAGUGAACGAAACCGACCCCAACAAGGUGGUCUACAGCUGGGAGACAGGGGACGACAGGUUCCUGUUCCGUCAGUUCCACACCGGCAUCUGGUUUUCAUGUGAGGAAAAUAUCCACGAUGAAAGUGAGAGAUGUCGAAGCUUUAUCGAUUUGGCUCCUGCAUCAGAAAAAGGGAUGCUGUGGCUGUCGUUGGUUUCUGAGAUGCUGUACAUCAUCCUGUUGGUGGUGGGCUUCAGCCUCAUGUGCUUAGAGCUUGUCCACUCCAGCAAUGUCAUCGAUGGACUAAAGCUCAAUGCCUUUGCUGCUGUCUUCACUGUGCUUUCAGGUCUCCUGGGAAUGGUGGCCCAUGUGAUGUACACACAGGUCUUCCAGGUGACUGUCAGCCAUGGACCACCUGAGUGGAGGCCAUACAACUGGGACUACGGCUGGUCUUUCUGCAUGGCGUGGGCAUCCUUCACCUUCUGUAUGGGCGCAUCGGUUACCACACUCAACUCUUACACAAAAACCGUCAUCGAAUUCAGGCACAAGCGCAAGACCUUUGAGCAAAGCAUCCGGGAGGAGCAUGCUCAGGGCUUUGGGAAUUUCCGGGAUCGCUCGGUGCACUCGAUCUCAAAAUCAGUGGAAGUUUACACAAGCCAGAGCCUGAAAAGUGGCAGGAGAACUCCCAUACCUGCUGACUCCCUGGACCUGAAUGACAUUCAUAGAUCUUUAGGGGAGGAACAGUGCUGAAUGGAAUGGACUUCUGAGUGGUGUCAUUUCUCUCAUUUGAGGCAACUUUAUGAAUGUAAAGCGUCAUCAUCCCUUGCAAGAUUUCAGACGACCUUUGCAGUCCUACCAGUGUUUCAACCCUGCCUUAAGUGACAUAAAACACUCACUGUGAGUGUGUUGCUGACAUUGGUAGUCAGUUGGAGUGCACAAGAACUAACUGAAGGGUGAAUUAAAGUGUUUGGUUGUGUUACUAUAAUGUACAAAGGUAUACAAGAAAAUGUCAUACAGAAGUACCCAUAUAACUCAUGAGGGUCUCUGAGGUGCUAAGAGCCUUAUUAAGCACAUUUUCAUCAGCACUAAUAAAAUGCUCUCUAAUAAUAAGGACAUUUGAACUGCUUUUCAACUGUGUGAUCAGCCUCAAAUACCUUCUGCAAACCAUGUGCCUAGAUGUACAGUUGUAAAUAACUUGUUCAGUAACUGUGCAGCAUUUUACAUCAACAGAAUGGAUGUAAAUAAAAAUUGUGUCAUGUAA